AUGAGCAAUACAGACAAUACAGUGAUUCAGUUGCUUCAAGGAAUACAAGCUGCACUUAUUUCCCUAAAGAGUAGUCAAAAAGCAUUGCUAGGCCGUCAAGAAGCAUUAGAAAAUAAACAAGAUACAAUGCAACUUCAAAUGACAAGUUUUUACAAUGAAUUUAAAUAUUGGGAAUUUCCAGAUAGAACUAUUGUUAUCUCUACCAGUACUCUUACUGGCAUCAUUCCAAGACCCGUAUCAAAAAUCAACAAUAUAACUUUAAAGCAUAUAUAUAAGAUGAUAACAGACGAUCUUAAAAUAGAAUUGACCGAGGAAACCAAGAGAAUUGUUAACACAUGUACCAAAGUCAUAUGUGAUCAACUGGCAGCUCUUCCAUCUGUUCAGGAUCUUGGAACAAACCCUGGCUGGUCAUUGCUUUCUCAAGAGGAUAGAAACAGGCUGUGUAUCAAUCAUUCCAUCAUACUCAGAGACAAUGGAAUCGAUUUUACCAGAUGCCACAGAAACUGGGCAUCAAUUGCAAGGGUUAGCCAGCUCUGGAGAGGGCAUAAGAAGCAAGAAUACUCUGAUAUAAGUGGAAAAAUCAAGAGAAUAUCAGGAAUGCUGAACAUGGCACCUAGUAUGACUACUUUGACUAUGAAAAUGAUUGGAAAAAUUAGUUUGGGUAAAUUGAGUAAUAUAUCUCUGUUAAGAGCCGAUAUAGUCUCUUGUAGAAUAUUUGGUGUGGACAGAUCAAAAGUUCAAAAAAAGGGCAAAAAAAGGGCAAAAUUAAUCAAUGGCUAUGAUUGGCCAGUUUUUGUCUGA